AUGGAACCAAUCAUAACAGAGGAAACAAGAACUUACAAGUGGUUUCAAGAUUUAUCAAAACCAACGGAAGAGGAGUAUCAAUGGACAAGAGCUUUAAUAACGAGAUAUCAAGGAAUUGUGACCCCAUAUGGAACAUCAGGGAUUAUAGUGACACUUCCCGGAUUUCGCCCAAUUUUAGUGAACACGAAAGGUUGUGAAUCAAUACAUGCUUGGGACGUCGGUUCGCUGUGGAACUCCAACAGAUACGCUGACAAAUAUGAUUAUAUACAACAACAACAAGCAGAUAGCGAACUCGAGAGUAGAAAGAAUACCAGCAUUGCAAUGGUGUCGUUCGAAAGUUGCCAUAACAGAAAAAGAAUCCAAACGUUUGAACCACCCUUGGGGGAACUGUGUCGAGUCGGUUCCUUAGUUGGUACUUCUGGAACUAUAUGGGAAACAGAAGAACCAACGACGCCAUGUCAUCUUGUACUCCCGGACAAUAUCCUUACAUGA